AUGCUCUUCUGCUCUUGCCUCGUCCCACUCCUCCUUUGGGUUUCCCUUGCCGCCGCUGCAGCCUCCAACCGGACGAUUGACGACCAGAAUGGGGAUAGCAUAUCGGGGACCGUACCCAUCUACGCCCCCUCCAGCUCCUGGAAACAAGGCGCGACCUGCGACGGCUGCUUCAUCCAGCUCAACACCGCGGACGUUCACGACGGCACCUGGCACGACGCGACGCACAGCCCCAAUGACGCGCAAGACCUCACCAUAACCGCUACCUUCACCGGUACCGCCGUGUACGUCUUCAAUGUGCUCGCCAACACCGUGCAGUACACGACCACCUUCACCACUCUCACCUUCACUCUCGACGGCACCGAAGUUGGCGACUUCACCCACAACCCCUCCACCAGCACGGACUUCCAGUAUGGCGUGCUAACGUUCUCUAAAACGGGGCUCGCGAACGAGCCGCAUACACUCGUCAUCACCUCGGGCGGCGAUGCCUCGUCACUCGUGCUGUUCGACUACAUGGUGUAUACG